AUGACAGAUACAUACAUGUUAGGACCGUCACGUGACUUCUGCACCACAAAUUUACAAUCGUCAAAAUGUCUUGAAUGUUCUGAAAAUUUCAGUGCUUUCGUACAAGCACCGACAGCAAUAAAAGAAGAGGCAGAAAUGUCUCGCUUAUCGAGCAAAAUAUGCAAAAUACACAAUGAACGACUUAUUUUGCUCACUAAUUCGAUCUCUUCCUUCUUCCUGGAGGAAACGAUAACAUCGUAUCACAUGCAUACAGCCAUACAGGAAACGAUAACAUCGUAUCACAUGCAUCAAAAUGGUAUUAAUCGAUCGCCGAGAUGA